CGGUGGAGUCCUAGGUCGUCGCGCGCAGCCGUCAUGGCAGCCGAGGAGAAGGACCCUCUGAGCUAUUUCGCGGCUUACGGGAGCAGCAGCUCAGGCUCCUCGGGCGAGGAGGAUAACAUCGAGCCGGAGGACACAAGUCGCAGAGCCCCAGAUCCGGCGAAGUCUGCGGGCAGCUGUGGGAACAAGGCAGAGAAGCGGCUGCCGGGACCCGACGAGCUGUUCAGCAGCGUGACUCGCCCAGCCUUCCUCUACAAUCCGCUCAACAAGCAGAUAGACUGGGAGAGGCACGUCGUCAAGGCGCCUGAGGAGCCUCCAAAAGAAUUCAAAAUAUGGAAGUCAAACUAUGUCCCACCUCCUGAGACCUACACUACUGAAAAGAAACCUCCGCCUCCAGAGCUGGAUAUGGCUAUAAAAUGGUCUAACAUUUAUGAGGACAAUGGUGAUGAUGCCCCACAGAAUGCUAAGAAAGCUAGGCUUCUGCCAGAAGGGGAGGAGACGUUGGAAUCAGAUGAUGAAAAAGAUGAGCACACCUCUAAAAAGCGCAAAGUAGAACCAGGGGAACCAGCGAAGAAGAAAAAGUAGAAAACAAAUGAUCAGAAUUUCUGGACUGCUGAACUUAGUGAAAUAUUUCUUUGGGCAAAAUAAGUUGAUGUUCUGGAUUAUUGUGACACAUUUCCAUGAAGAUACGUAUGUUAAGGAACUAAUAAGUAUUGCCUCAAGUACUUUCCACUGUAGAAUUCAUUUUUCAUUUAAACAUAUGUAUUUAAAACUCAAAUGGUGACUUGUGAUUGUGAAAUUGACAACACUUGGAAACAUUCUUCCUAUCACAGAAUUGGUAACAUGCUUUGAGAAUUUUGUCACAUGUUGACAUGCCAAUGUACUAUGAACCUUUUAUAAAGGAAUCUAUUUUUAACGUAAAUAUAUUGUAAUGUACUGUGAACCUGUAGGGUGCUUUUCAAUAGUGUCUGUACAGUGUAAAUAGAUCAUGGAAAUAAAAUUACUUAUUCAAUAUUA